AUGAUGUCUCAUCAGUUGCCAGGCAUUGACUUGACACGGGAACAAACGGAUAUCCUCGAUACAUGCCAGCCUCCUCCGACCAAUGGUAGCAAGGGUCAGUUGGUGCGUGUGACGGCUGCCGCGGGGACGGGCAAGACGACCACCUUGUUGAGUCUGGCCCUUCGUGCCGUGGAAAAAGGCCACACACAUAUCACCUAUCUGACGUUUACCAAGGCGGCCGCAUUGGAUGGAACCAAACGUCUUUCCAAAACCCUUGCUACUGGUAGUCUGGCGGGUAGAGUGAUUGUGGAUGCUCGCACGCUGCAUUCUUGUGCUUCGCAAGCACUCAAUCAGCAUCGAAGAAACAAAGAUCCCAACGUGGAUUUGGGCCAACGCAUUUGGUCGGAUAAGAAGGUCAAGAAAUGGAUCUCCGAGACGUUGCAGGCAGAGAUAGAUUCCUUUUUGGAGCCCUGUUUCAGUGAACUUCAGAGACGAAACAGCAACAAGAUGAAGAAUAAUCAGGCUGUCUUUGAGACGGCACGGCAACGAGUCGAGUUUUACCUCUUCAAGACACUCAACAAUUUCUGCACCAAGUCCAUGAGUCGACAAGAUUUUGGGAAAAGGACAACCUUUGGUAGAGUGUACUACCCUGCCAUGAAGUUCCAUAGAUCCGAAAAAGGAGACAAACUUGGUUUCAGCGCGAAGGUGUACGGCAACAGAAUUGAUUGGUACGCGGACAUGGCAUGCAUUCUCUGGGACAAGGCCGUGGAACAAGACAUUCGAACCUUCAAUUUCAUCAUGAAACGCACGCAGCUGUUAUGUUUAGAAGUUCCAGGCACAAUCCUUCUCAUUGAUGAGUCACAAGAUAUGGAUGGGUGCCAAGUGAAUUGGGUGGCGGACCAAGUCAAGUAUUCCAAACACGCGUAUGUGGUGGGCGAUGCCGCACAAUCGAUUUAUGGCUUUAGAGGGGCAAAGCCGGAAUUCUUGAUGGAUCUGGCCAAUGAUCAAGAGAAAAUGUUGACGGAAAGCUGGAGAUUUGGACCAGCCAUUGCCAAAAUUGCCAAUCUGGUGCUGUUUGCCAAGGAAGAAUCCGACCAGACCUCUCAGAUCUACGACAAACGCCGUCGUUGUAUGAAAUGGAAGAAUUGGAGCCCGUAUCGAGUCAAGACGGGCAAAGAUAUGAGCGCGGUUGUUACUGACGAAUCAUUGCUAUCCAACUGGGAGACAUAUCGGGAACGUUCCGAGCAAAUCACAUUCAUUGCCAGGCAGAACAAAACGCUGUUUGUACACGCAUUGCAGCUCAUGGGGUUCACUCCCAAGUCAGAUGAAGAUGAAAAGCCGUCGGCGCAAAGUGACAACCGGAACGAUGACGAGGAUGACGACUUUGAUAUUCUAGACGACAACUAUGACACACCGCCUGCUCAGGAGAAUGAGACACACCGGCCUGCAGCUGGGGCGCAACCAGACCAGCCAAUAUCAUUCCCUAGAAUGCACAUCAAUGGAUACGGGGAAAACUCUGGUAGAAAGGCUUGGCUCUCCAUGUUCAAAUUGGUUGGAGCAAUCUACGACUUGUUCAAGCUUCAGCAAGGCAACAAUGAAUCGUCAACCACCAUGAGGCUGCCGCCUCUACUGUUCCCAGAAUUUGCCGGUCGGGAUAUCGACUGGAAGUCGUUUUGUGAAGAUGUCCAGGAGCGAGAAAUGAACAAGUACAGUGUGCCAAUUGCUGUCGUCAAGGCAUAUCAAGAUCAUACAAUGUCAGCUGUGCAAAGGUUCAAGCGAGACGUCAUUGAACGCAACUAUUCUGUCGAAGACGCAGACAUUAUAUUGACAACGUGCCAUGCGGCAAAGGGAAUGGAAUGGCAGCAUGUUCAAGUCGCAGACGACUUUGUCAAACUGGCGGAUUACGUGAUUCACAAUGACGAAAAGCCGACGCCAACCUUCCAGCCUGCUUCCAAAAAGAUGAAAACGACACAGAAGUGGAAGUUUGGCUUUGCAUCGUGGGGAGAUGACGUGAAUCUGGCCUAUGUGGCGUGCACCAGAGCAAAACAAACUCUAUCGUUGCCCCCUUGCGUGCUGAAUUCGAUUCGAGAUUUCGACACCAUCUUUGCAUGGAACAACGAUGACAAUCCACCAGAUGUUGAUUUGCCGCAUGUCCAUGGUCUGGCGCAUCGAGAUCGGACCGCAACCCCAGAAAACUUGAAAGAGAUUGGUAGUAGCCUGGUACACAAGUACCGAGUUGAAGUCCAGGUUCCCAACGGUCUCCCAUUGACCGAGUAUCUGCUAACAUGA